AUGUCUUGGGGUGGGUUCAAAAAAGCAAUCAAUAGGGCGGGCGCAUCCGUCACGGUCAAGAGUGUCGACAAAGUCAUGGACAAGGACUAUGAUGUCGAGGAACGAAGAUACAAAACAUUGAAAACGGCCGGGGAGAAUCUACAAAAAUCGUCAAAGAGCUACUUGGACAACAUUAGAGCAGUUACCAGGUCGCAAGUUGUCAUUUCAGAAAUUGUAUCCAACCUUUACGAGGAGUCGAAGCAAGGAGGAUCCUCGUAUACCGAUAUCGGAACAGCCUACCAGCAAUGCGUUCAAGAAUUUGACGAAGAGACAGUAAAACAGUUGGAUGGUCCAUUUAGAGAAACUGUAUUGGAUCCAAUUACCAAAUUUGCGCACUACUUUGUUGAGAUUGAUGAAGCCAUCAAGAAACGUGCUCAUAAAAAGACAGACUACGAACAGUGCAAGUCGAAGGUGCGAAGACUUAUCGACAAGCCAGCAAAGGACGCUGCCAAGUUGCCUAGGGUCGAGAAGGAGUUGGCUGUAGCAAAGGAGAUAUACGAAGAUUUGAAUGAACAGCUAAAGAAUGAGUUGCCUCAAUUGAUUGCUCUUCGAGUUCCGUUUUAUGAUCCUUCGUUUGAAAGUUUGGUCAAGAUCCAGUUGAGGUUCUGUACCGAGGGUUAUUCGAGAUUGGCUCAGGUCCAACAGUACUUGGAUCCUGCAUCUAGAGAUGAAUACGCUAAUGGAAUAUUGGACGGCAGGAUUGAUGAAUUAUUAGGCCAAAUGCAAAGCUUGACUAUAACUUCGUUAGCUAAAUAG